AUGGGAAGAGCUAUAUAUGUUGAGAAACCUAUUAUAGAUCCUUUGAUAAACUUCAUACCUCUUAUUCCUACAAACAAUCAAGCUUACACAGAAGAAGAAAAGAUAUUAGAGGUAACAGUUGUAUCACAGUUAGAUGCUGAGCCCGAGAGGUGCUUCACUUCGCAUGAUAUAUCUGAUCCUGUAAUAGUGGAUAUUUCUUCUGUAAUAAAGGACAAUAAAUCUCAAUUACAUAAGAAGAGAGAAGCAGUACAGGAUGUAUUUGAUUUCACUGCUAUUUCAGUAACUGAGAAAAAUCAUAUGAUUAAAAUUUCCAUAACAAGAAACCUACUUCCCAUCACUAAAAAUACUGAUGAAAAAAAUUCUGAUAAUAUAUUGGAGAAGCAAGCAAAACCCUUGGUUUCAGCAACACAGGCUGAGGAUGACUUUGACAAAAUGAUCAUGAAAGCUUUUGAGAAAGAAGAGACUAGGAUAGAGAAAGAAAGACAGAACAAGGCAACAUCAAAUGUACAACAUUUCCAAAAAGAUAUUCACAUUAUAGUAUAUUUAGAUAUUCAAGAAUCUCAGUAG